AAUACCAAAAAAUAGACAAGCAUGUGUGCAUUAACCCCCUUUCCAGUGUGUGAGUGGCCCUUGGAUGCUCCCAUCAACCACAUUGAACAGAUCAGCUACGCCGAAGGCUUUGAGGACUUCCAUCAUUUCACCUCAACCCUGCCUCCAAUCGAACUUGAUGGCUCUCCAUCAUUCUCGGGAGAUAGUGGUAAUAACCCCAUCGUCCUCAGGAAGCUUAACCACAACGCCAGGGAGCGUGAUCGACGGAAGAAGAUAAACAGUUUGUACACCUCUCUUCGUUCACUGCUUCCACUCUCUGAGCAAACGAAGAGGUUAAGCAUUCCAGCGACAAUUUCACGAGUUUUGAAAUAUAUACCAGAGCUACAAGCGCAUGUGGAGAGACUGGCUCAAAGGAAAGAAGAAAUUCUGUCGAGGCAAGAUGAGUUUAGUUGUGAUCAAGACAACAAAAGGGAAGGCAGCUCUCCGUUCGCUAUGUCAGUAAGUCGGGUAAGCGAAAGAGAGGUUGUGGUUCAGAUUUCAACAUUUCGGGCCUUUGAGACCCCAUUGUCUCGCGUGUUGUUUAAUUUAGAAGAGGAUGGUCUAUUUCUAACGGAGGCCUCUUGCUUUGAGUCUUUUGGAGGAAGAGUGUUUUACAACUUACAUUUUCAGGUGGAAAGAACGUAUAAUUUGGAAGGAGUGGUUUUGAACGAGAAGCUUUCGUCGUUGUAUGAGAAAAGGAAAUAAUUGAUUGCAUGACUAGCUAGUUCCAUUGAUCCAUGAAAUAGUCGUAUAACCUCUUGCUUGGCAUGAGCGAAAUGUACCCUAACCGUAGCUUGACUUUCUUAGCUUUUCCUACUAAUGGCAUAUGGCAUGCAUUUCUAUGUAAUUAAAUGUAUACAUAUCCGUUUUCUUGGAUUAAAUUACCCUGUAGAAUUGAUUUGUAAACCACUUUAUCAAAGCUUUCUAACACUUCAAGGAAUGGUUAGGGAACA